UUGAUACAGGUCAUUGAUUUCUACAUCCUGGUUGAUGAGUUUGUAGCUAAUGUCACUUUUCAGUACAUUAUCGCAAAUGUUUUUUAAUCAAUAUCAGUUGACGAUAGAAACCUUGUGACUGGGAUACCUUGUGACUGGAAUAUGUUGAAAACCUUAAAUUACUGGACAGCUGUUUAAAAUGGAGAUUCAAGGAAGAGUGUUGGUGUAUUCAAUUUUGGGUUGUCCCCACUGCAUGAGGGCAAAGAAUUCUUUACAAGAGCUAGGUGUGCCUUACACUGAUGUGAGCCUGGAACAGUACCCACAUGCCCGACAUGACCUGCAGAUGAGGACCCAGAAACGAUCUGUGCCACAGGUCUUCUUCAAUGGAAGACACAUUGGAGGAAAUGAGGACUUACAGAACUUGAUCAAGGACAAGGAAGCUUGGCAAGCCGCUAUUGAGGAGCUGAAGUCAACACCGCCAGGACAAGAUGCCCCACCCAUCCCUGACCCUUCCACUGCUGUGAAAACCUCAGACCCUGGUGACAUAUCAUGUGAACUAGAUGAGUAUGCAGCAUUUGUUAAGGAGUUACGAAGUUCAGGCAUCAUAAAAGACCACUGGUCGGGUCUUUCUCGACACAAAAACUCCUUUAGUGGCCGGGCUUUUGUAGACUGGGUUGUAGAGACAAAACAAGUUGAUCGUGAAAGAGCAGUGGAUAUGGGCCAGGCGCUGAUUGAUCGUUUUUUUGGGCACCAGGUGAAAGCUGAGACAACAUUCCAGGAUGCGGACAUUUACUAUCGUCUACUAGAGGAUGAUGAUACUCAUGCCCUCAAUGCUGGGCCUUCAGACUGUGACCCUAGACCAGCUGGUGAACUUGGAGAAGACUUGAGAAAACUGAUCCUGAAGAUCUACAGUAGUUACCUGUCAGCUGAUGGAAGGAAAGUGAACUACAAGGGUAUUGGUGACAGCAGUGAGUUUGAGCAUUACGUUCGCCUCACGAAGGAGCUUGUGCGUGUUCAGAUUGCCGAGGCAACGCGUGACGAGAAGCUAGCGUUCUUCAUCAAUGUGUAUAAUGCUCUCGUAAUACACGCUAACGUCACCAUGGGGCCUCCUGUCAACCUCUGGCAGAGGUACAAGUUUUUCAACACUGUGAAAUACAUCAUUGGUGGACAGCAGUAUUCCCUGCAGGAUAUUGAGAAUGGUGUGCUGCGGGCCAACAGGCGAGGCAUGGGUAUGAUACUAAAGCCGUUUGGCAGUUCAGACCCUCGCUUGAAGGUGGCGCUGUCAGAGCCGGAACCACUGAUACACUUCGCUCUCGUCUGUGGGGCUAAGAGUUGCCCACCCAUUAAGACUUACUCAGCUGACGGCAUCACUGAGCAGCUGCGUCUUGCAGCGGAGGCAUUCCUGGACGGGGAUGAUGGCUGCCAGGUGGACAUGGCAAAGAAGACGAUCAAACUCACCCAGAUCCUCAAGUGGUACAGCGUAGACUUUGGCAACAACAAGAAAGAGGUGGUAAAGUGGGUGUGUGAGCACAUGGGCGAGGGUGACAAGAGGUCACAGGUCAAUGAACUGAUGUCAGGCGGAAAAUACAGCGUCUCAUACAUGCCCUAUGACUGGGGAAUUAACGCCUAGAUUUCCUUGAAUAAGAAGGGUGGCUGCUCCGUAAGGAUUAAAGUGCUAGAGAACCAGAGUGUGAAAGUGUAGCUGUACACAUCAGCUAUAUGAGGAGUGGAAGCUAGAAAGUUCUAUCCGCUUCUUUAUUUAACAUCACUUUUUGCAUUUUUGGCUUUCAAUGUUCGUAUACCACAGGAAGUACUCUGUACUAUAUUGACCAAAUAUUAUCUGAUGUAUUAACUUUGUAUCCUGAUUAUGAUAUACAUGUAUUUACAUUAUAUGAUGUUGAAUGGUUUCCAGGACAUUAAUGUUGAGCACAUUUACUUGACAUAUCUUGUUCAAUGUUUAAUGUACAUGUACAUGGUAGUUUUUGGUUGUGCUGUGUUUUGUUCAUUUACCACAGUAAACUUGUAUACACAUUUAUUACAUGUUGUAACAGUGCAAAGCUGAAUGUACAAUGCAGUUCUUAAGGUAUCAUUUCUUUGUGGCUUUCUUGUUCAGCUUGACACUGUGUAAUGACCCUUAGAGGCUGUACAUGUAUGUCUAAUUGUUUUGUGAUCAGAUCACAUUUAUUGAUACAGUACAUUCUUUUUAGGACCAGCACUUGUGUAUAGACAGAUAACCAGGCUUGACAUCUGUUUGUGCAGUUUGCAAUAUUUUUACCAUAUAAUUAGUAUGACAUAUCCUGACUAAUUGCUUAGAAUCUCUAGCUGUGAUAUUAAGCUGUGAAAAUAUAUUCCAUGUUCAUUUUUAAAAAUUGGUACUAUUUAUGCUCCCAAAGUUUGGCAUAUACAUUUAGUCAUUGGACAGAAUGGCCUUCCUAUCCGUGCAAAGAAGCCUUUUGGCUGCAUUUGACAUGCUCCUGUGACAGCGCUUGUUCAUACAAAUUUCAUAUGAAGUGUCUUGUGUUUGUCAGAUCUUUGUAUCCUAGUGAUUAUAAAAUAUUUAAAGUCUGUAUAAUUACUAUUUUUUGUUAUAAAUGAGAAUAGAUAUUUUUAUUUUAUCCUAACAUGCACUGCAUAUUUAUUAUCUGAAAAUCAUUUUGUAUCCAGUUACACUUAACUUUAUAUAUGUAUUUUCAUUUCAGUUUAUGUGACUGUGAGAUGUAAUAAAAAAAAGUUUAAAAUCAAGUCUUUAGUAUAAUUGUCAUGAUAUGAUUUAGUAGCUCUAUACACAAUAAAAGUUCCAACAAAGAUAGAGAUAGGCAUUCUGGAAACAUUAAAUGUGAAUAGACGUCUUUAUCAUUCUUAUUCCACUAAUUACAAGUAAAAAAAAUCAAGUGGCACAUUCAGGCAUGACAUUAAAGAAGUAUGAAGCUCCCAUAAAAACAACAGAAAUCUCCCAAAGUUAUUGCAAGCAAAUCAAUGGUUAUAUAGAUAUGUGUGCACCAUCUGGGGAAUGACUAUAUAGAAAUGAAUGUGUGCACUGUCUGAGCAAUGUCUGUAUAGAAAUGAAUGUGUGCACCGUCUGAGCAAUGUCUGUAUAAAAUUGAAUGUGUGCACCGUCUGAGCAAUGUCUGUAUAGAAAUGAAUGUGUGCACCGUCUGAGCAAUGUUUAUAUAGAAUUUAAUGCGUGUACUGUCUGAGCAAUGUCUACAUAGAAAUUAAUGUGUGUAACGUCUGAGCAAUGUCUACAUAGAAAUGAAUGUGUGUACCGUCUGAGCCAUGUCUAUAUAGAAAUGAAUGUAUGCACCACCAGAGUGAAAUCUUUAUAGAAAUGAAUAUAUAAACCACCUGCCUUGAAUUCCUUUAUCAACGUCAACCAAAUCCAUUUUGCACUCCUAAAGGAACUUAAAACAAAGUGAUAAAAUGAAUACAUGUCACAUGAUUCAUCCUUUACUACAUGUAUAUGCAUUUUGAUCAACAUUGUCUUGCAGCUUUGUGGUGAUUCCUUCUAUUUUAAGACAGAUGUUUGCAUUUAUGUAACAAAUAAGUAAAUUAAAGUCACUGUUUUAUUAAACUGUUUUAUUAAACAUGUUUUUUAUCAUCAAGACGCUUCAAGAUGUUGUUGAUUGAAUAGUCCUAUACAGUUCAACAAAAAAACAUAUUCAUAUUGCCAAAAAUCUUUUCCAUAGGAAUACAAUAGAAAUUUCAGUAAAAAACUGAUAUAUAUCUACAACAUUUCCUCCACCCUUGAUUGCACCAACAGAUGUAGACAACUCUUGAUUGCAACAACACAUGUAGACAACUCUUGAUUGCAACAACACAUGUAUCAACUCUUAAUUGCACCAGCACAAUUUUCAACUCUUGAUUGCAACAACACAUGUAGACCACUCUUGAUUGCAAGAACACAUGUAGACAACUCUUGAUUGCAACAACACAUUUUUUCAACUCUUAAUUGCACCAGCACAUUUUUUCAACUCUUGAUUGCAACAACACAUGUAGAAAACUCUUGAUUGCAAGAACACCUGUGUCAACUCUUGAUUGCACCAACACAUGUGUCAACUCUUGAUUGCACCUACACCUGUGGCAACUAUUGAUUGCACCUACACCUGUGUCAACUCUUGAUUGCAAGAACACAUGUGUCAACUCUUGAUUGCACCAACACAUGUGUCAACUCUUGAUUGCACCUACACCUGUGGCAACUAUUGAUUGCACCAACACAUGUAUCGACUCUUGAUUGCACCAACACCUGUGUCAACUCUUGAUUGCACCUACACCUGUGUCAACUCUUGAUUGCACCUACACCUGUGUCAACUCUUGAUUGCACCUACACCUGUGGCAACUACUGAUUGCACCAACACAUGUAUCGACUCUUGAUUGCACCAACACAUGUGUCAACUCUUGAUUGCACCUACACCUGUGUCAACUCUUGAUUGCACCUACAUCUG